AUGCCCGUCAAGGUCAUCACCACAGAACUCGGGCACUCUAUCCCACCCGAGCAGCCUCACAACAUCACCUUUCACAUUCCCGGCUGGGAGACAGCCAAAGCCCUCCGCAGAGGUGACCCAAACCUCUUGUCUAAACUCAGCUCCAUCUACCCCCGUUUCGGCCCAUGGUGUGAAGUGCGCCAGCUCUCGACCGCCCUCCACAAAGCCCUCUCCCUCCCAGAAACCUACGGCCUCAUCAUCUUCGUCCACCCCGACUCCUUCACCACCGCCCAACGCUACUCCUCCGACGGCAAAUGGCGCAAACCGGAGCACCUCGUCCCCCCAUCCGACCUCUGGUUCCGCGUAGUCGAAAUCCCCAUUUCUUCCGAGGACAAAGUCAGGCUGUAUAUCACCGCCUUCCCCCAAAAGCACGCCCCGGGGGUAGUAGGCACAUGGCAAAACUACGGCUGCGGCAUCUCCUCCCGCCUAGCCGCCGCCUGCCUUGCCCACCUUGACUCCCUUGCCAUCCUUCCAUUUACCGCCACCGGCGCGGACGAUGUCUCCCUCCCCAACAUCCCCGAACCAACCUAUCUCCCCCUGACCGAAGCCCACACCGGCCUCAAGUCUCGCAUCGUCGAGCUAGCUCAACGCUCUCCGCUCGACAAGGAGAAAGCGAAUUUGUUGUCACCGGAGAAUGUCUUCCUUUACCCUACUGGCAUGGCCGCCGUGUGGAGGUUGCACAACGCGCUUAUCACCCUUCGUCCAGAAGGGGAGAUCGUCGUUUUGGGGAGUGUGUUCCACAACAGCUACCACCUCUUCGAGGAGUCACCCAACGGGAUGAAGCACUUUGGGAGCUGUGACGCAAAGUCGAAUCUGUUUGACGAAUUGGAAAAGUAUCUGGAGGGGGAGAAACAAAAAGGGGGGAGGCCGGCGUAUUGCUUUGCCGAGUUCCCUUCUAAUCCGAUUCUGGUCUCGGUUGAUUUGGUUAGGUUGAGAAAAUUGGCCGAUAAAUACGACUUCCCUAUCAUCAUAGACGACACAAUCGGCUCCUUCGCCAACAUCGACGUCCUCCCCGUCGCCGACGUCAUUGUAACCUCCAUAACCAAGUCCCUCUCCGGAUACGCCAACUGCAUGGGCGGCUCCCUCCUCCUCCCCCCGUCCACACCCUACAUCGCCUGCUCAGCAACCCUAAACUCCAACGCCCUAUCCCUAGCCACCUACCUCAACUCGGAAGCCCAGGACCCCUCCUCCCCCGUAAAAGCAGUUUUCUAUCCCCCCUUCCUAGACACAAAGCCCAACUACGACGCCGUAAUGCGCGCGCCAACUCCCGAGUUCCCUAACCCGGGGUACGGCUGCCUUUUGGCCGUCGAUUUCGAAUCCCUCGACCUGGCAAAGACAUUCUACGAUAACCUGUCCGUAUACCAGGGUCCUCACCUCGGCGCCCACCUCACUCUUGCCUUCCCCUUCAACGAUGCAAUCUGGGGCGUUGAGCCAGAGGCGGCGGAGUACCUCAAGACUUUUGGGGCGAACCCAGAGCAGGUCCGGGUAUCGGUUGGGUUGGAGAGUGAGGAGGAGCUGAUCGAUACCUUCAAAUACGCCAUGGAAAAGGCAAAGGGGGAAAAAAAGAGGCUGACAAGUCAAAACUGA